AUGAAGUCCAUCAUCCUCACCUUGAUCACUCUUAUCGCCUUCGCGGUUGCAGUCCCCUUCAACGAAGCAGCCAACUCUCUUGCCAAACGGGAAGCAUAUCAUCCAACCCACGAACAUGAUGCCCAAGCGCUCGAAGACCGCGGCGUCGAAGCUGUUGCCGCAAACGGUCAUGGUCAGGGAUACCCAUAA